AUGCCUUCCUUUUACUCACCAUUCUUGACGGCGUCCACUCUACCAGACCAUUGCACGCCAACCUCUCCCUUCCUGUCUGAACUAUCGUUAUACCUUGGCUUCUGCAUACCCAGUCCUCUCGCCGCGCUCUCUACCCUCCUCGGCACACUGUCAAUAGUGUCAUGGCUAUUCGCACAAAUGCCACAGAUUUUCAAAAACUACUAUAUCAAAUCGACCGCCGGACUGUCGAUUUUCUUCUUGAGCGAGUGGUUAUUAGGUGAUCUGGCCAACCUCCUCGGCGCCAUCUUCACCAAGCAAGCCGGCUGGCAGGUCAUAGUUGCAACCUACUACGUCUUCGUUGAUAUGUGCCUAGUGUUUCAAUACUUCUGGUACAGUUACGCCGCAAAGUGGAUAUAUGAGGAAAGUCUCCAUUCCACCGGGGACAGUGAUAUCGACGAUGCAGACAGUGCCAUAAUAAACGGGCUGUCGCCCAUCAACUCAAAUUUCGGCAGCGAUGCACCGCUACCCGAGGACUCUAAUGACUUUACUCCGAAACGAACAGAUCCCAGAGACGUCAACGUUCCUCAUUUCUCCGCGGUAAAUUACCGUGAAAAGAAAGCAGCUCCCCAAGAUAUCGUCUAUGGGGAUAAAUUUGGCUCGAGUUGGAUUGCUUCGCCUUCGCCACGCACUCUCCUUUACGCCGCAAUCAUGGCUUCCAUGGCCUCAAAUGUGGCAGCUGCUCCAGUGGCUUUUCCUUCGGACCACUAUGUCCAUGGAAUUCAUCUCUUCCGUGUUGGUACUCCUCUUGAGGUCGCCGGCACUAUUCUGUCGUGGUGUUCUACCUUUCUAUACCUGGGCUCAAGAUUACCUCAACUAUACAAGAAUUGGCAACGACAGUCAACUGCCGGCCUCUCGCCUCUUCUGUUCAUCGCUGCAUUUUGUGGAAAUUUCUUUUAUUCUGCGUCCUUGAUCACCAAUCCAAAUGCGUGGAAUGACUACGAACCUUAUGGACAUCACGGCUGGGUAGACGCAGAUGGGAAUCAGAGAUGGGCAUGGGUAGCUCGAGCAGCUCCCUUCUUUCUUGGGGCUGCAGGAGUGCUAAUGAUGGACGCUUUGAUGGGAGCCCAGUUCAUCAUGUAUGGGGAGCGUGAAGACAGGAUCGUGAAGAUUGCUAAUAAUCUUUAUGAUUUAGGGGUUGGGUCGUCCAACAACUAUGCCUACUUUGUCAGCGAUGAUGAGACUAAGGAUGCUGUGAUCAUUGAUCCGGCGAAUCCUCCAGAAGUCCUUCCCGUCCUCGAAGAGAAAUCCAAGACACUGAACCUUACGGCAAUAAUGAACACGCACCAUCAUUGGGAUCAUGCGGGAGGCAACAAAAAACUAUUGUCUGCAUUGUCUUCUCAACUACCCGUCAUCGGAGGCAAGGACUGCGAAGCCGUGACCAAGACCCCAGCCCAUGGGUCAACAUUCUCGAUAGGCAAAAAUAUCCAGGUGACUGCUCUACACACGCCUUGCCACACACAGGAUAGUAUUUGCUGGUUCAUGGAGGACAAGUCGACAAGCGAGCGGGUCGUUUUUACUGGUGAUACCUUGUUCAUCGGCGGGUGCGGUAAAUUCUUCGAGGGCAAUGGUACAGAGAUGAACAAGGCCCUCAAUGACAUCCUGGCGUCCUUACCAGAUGAUACCAAGGUUUACCCCGGGCACGAAUAUACCAAGUCCAACGUUAAAUUUCUGAAAAAAGUCGACGGGAAUAACGAGGCGGUGAAAAUGCUGGAGAAGUUUGCGGACGAAAAUAGGGAAACACAGGGUAAGUUUACCAUCGGCCAGGAAAAAGAACACAAUGUGUUUAUGCGGGUGAAGACGGAGGAGAUGAAGAAGGUCACGGGUAAAACGGAGCCGAGCGAGGUCAUGGCUCAGCUGCGAGAGAUGAAGAACGCGAGUUGA